GUCAUUGCAAAUUAAACUUAACGUACGCCACUCAAGAGUCCCACUGGCGGACUACAUACUUGAGGCCAAGGUCUCAAGUUGUCUCAAGCGAAGCAAAAAAAAAAAAAACGAAAACCCCAAGUAAAAAAUAUCUUGCACCUUCGUUGUCGUGGAAUGUACGGGACUUGUACCGACUGGGACGCCAUAAUUAGGGCAAACAGAAGCUCCAGUGCGUACCAAUUACUGGUGACACAUUACCCACUCCAACCGGUACCCGACUUACACCAGAGCGGUCGUAAUUUCAUACGACAAAGGUUGUCCUCAUCAUCGUGCUCGCUAGCACCGCCUAAUCGAAGACGGACGAUGAAUCAGCUCUAUCUCAAGCACUUGCGUCACAACACCGUACCGCAUCAUACACGAUUUGAAACAAUCAAUCUCCGGACGUACGAUGCCCUUCUCACGAGACCCCUCUUUACGUUUGCGCACAUCUCAAUGAUCGCACAAACCAAACACAUUACCAAACCUCAACGCGUGACAAUUCUCGUCUGGCUCAGCGUUGACGCUAAUCAAUCAGCUUACAGGCAACCCUCAGCAACCUACUGCCGCUGGUAGACGCUGGUAUUCCAGUUGGCCAAAAAUUCCGCACCCCAGUCAAAACAUUGAAUAUUAAUAAGUCCAGGUGUACCGAACGCCCGGUACGAGAUGAAACGCCCGCCAGGCAUAAGCUGAUUUGUGUUAAUUUUCGGGAAGCUAAUGCAGAUUCACGAUGAUGUUCUCCCUCUCGACAGAGCGGGACACGCAAUUAAACCGACACCGCUAACAGGUUUUUCGAAACGGGUUUCUGGGUGUCAAUGGCACGGUACAUGGUGGUAUCUUGAACGGGGUAAAAUAUUGAAGAUUCGUUGGCGCGGUUUGGCGGGUGCGGGUUGUGCAAUACCCGCCAUCGAACUUGGGCAGACGAUGAUGCUACGGGGUUCGAGAGCAGAUUAGCAUGCAGGAUGAAAUUGAAUGUGUUUCAUAAAUUAUGCUUUGGUUGGUUAGGAAACAACCGUCGAGUAUUUUUGGUGGAAGAAUAUAAGCUUGAGUAUUUGUUAGAAGUCCACAUGGUAGAUGAGUUCUAGAGUGUCUAGAGUGAUUAUCUUGAACUAAAAGAUAAAGGAAAUUAGCUAUUCAUCGCAAAAAAGCAUGUUUAAAAGCCCUAGGAUGAUCGCAAAGACCAAGCCAACCACCAAAGAAGAAUAAUAUUUACUUCAGCUCAGGAAAUAAUUCUCAAUCAUGCUGUUUUUCCGCAGAAGAACAUUUCUUGUUUCAAAUAAACCUCUCGUCAAGAGUUCCUCGUGGCUGCUCACAAUUCACCCAAUAAAAGCAGAAUACCUUCCCCAACUUCAAGUACUAGUUACGGCAAAAGGUUAAGCCCACCAGCCCGCAACUACAUUAUGUUAGGAAUGUUUUAUUCGUCAUGCUAUUCACCAUGCUAAGCCUCUGACGAACGGUUUCCCACCACCGGUCGUACCACGACUGUUUGCACUUGUGCGAAACGAAAUACGUAAACAGACGGACAACAUCUGACGAAAGUAGUA